CCGAGCAUGGAGGAGCAGCGGGCGCUGGCGGCCGCCGAGCUCGGGGACCUGGCCGCCCUGGAGGCGCUGCUGGCGGGCGGCGCGCUGGGCCCCGGCGUCGCGGACGCGCGGGGGGCCGGCCUGGUGCACCACGCGGCGCGCGCCGGCCGCCUGGACUGCGUCAAGUUCCUGGUGCGGCGCGCGCGGCUGCCCGGCGGCCAGAGGGCCCACAACGGGGCCACGCCCGCCCACGACGCCGCCGCCACCGGCCACCUGGCCGAGCUGCGCUGGCUCGUCCGCGACGGGGGCUGCGGCCUGCAGGACCAGGACGCCUCGGGCGUGUCCCCACUGCACCUGGCCGCCCGCUUCGGCCACCCCGCACUGGUGGAGUGGCUGCUCCGCGAGGGCCACGCGGCCGCGCUGCCGACACUGGAGGGGGCCUGGCCCCUGCACCACGCGGCCGUCAGCGGGGACCUGACCUGCCUGAAGCUCCUGGUGGCCGCCCAGGGCAGCGGCGUGAACCGGCGGACCCGCAGCGGCGCCUCCCCGCUCUACCUGGCCUGCCAGGAGGGCCACCUGCACCUGGCGCAGUUCCUGGUGAAGGACUGCGGCGCCGACGUGCACCUGCGCGCCCUGGACGGCAUGAGCGCGCUGCACGCCGCCGCCGCCCGCGGCCACUACUCGCUCGUCGUCUGGCUGGUCAUGUUCACCGACAUCGGCCUGACCGCGAGGGACAACGAGGGGGCCACGGUCCUGCACUUCGCUGCUCGCGGCGGGCACACGCCCAUCCUGGACCGGCUCCUGCUGAUGGGGGCUCCCGUCAUGAGGGACUCCUGGGGGGGGACCCCGCUCCACGACGCGGCAGAGAACGGGCAGAUGGAGUGCUGCCAGGCCUUGGUCUCCCACCACGUGGACCCUUCCCUGAGGGACGAAGAUGGCUACACUGCGGCUGACCUGGCUGAGUACCACGGACACCAAGGCUGCGCCCAGUUCCUGCGGGCUGCAGCCUGGCCGGUGCCGCUGCUGCUGACGCCCCCGCCGCCGCCCUUCCCGCCUCCCCCGCUGUCGGCCACGAGGCCCGCCCUGGAGGACGGCAGGAGAGGGGCCUCGGGUCUCGGGAGCCCCACCCCAGCAGCAGCAGCAGCAGCAGCGGCUCCCUGCCCGGCCCGGCCCCGCCAGCCUGCCCAGCCUCUCUCCAGGGAGCAGCCGGCCUGCGCAGCCCCCCAGGGGACCCCCACCACUGCUGUGGCUGUCCCCACGGGAGCCGAGUCGGCGGCAGUGAGGGACGCCCCGGACGGCCUGGUGUUGCUGCAGCUGGACGCGCUGCCCCCGGGCGGCCUGGACGGGCUGGUGCCCACGCGGGACGCGCGCGGCCGGCCCAUCCCCGAGUGGAAGCGGCAGGUGAUGGUGCGGAGACUGCGCCUGGGCUCCGAGGGGACGCCUGAGGCCCAGGACGGCGGCGGGGGCCUGGGGUCCGCAGAGCAGGUGGCCUGGCGGUACUCGCAGACCCACCAGGCCAUCCUGGGCCCCUUUGGGGAGCUGCUGACCGAGGACGACCUGGUGCACCUGGAGAAGCAGAUCGCCCACCUGCAGCUGCAGCGCCGCUGCCAGGAGUACCAGAGCGAGCUGGGCCGACUGGUGGCCGAGCUGCAGGCCCUGCUGCCCACGCCGCUGGCCAGCAUCACUGUCAACAGCCACUUGCUGCUCCAGGUGCCCGGGCCAGAGGGUGAGGAGGCUGCAGGGGCCGUGUCCGAGGACCUGGCACAGGCUGGUGGGCAGCCCCUGCCCUCCUGGUGCGGCCAUGUCGUCCGCUUGAUGCGCAGCAUUUCCCUGCUGCUGAAGGGCAUGAACGGGCUGGCUCAAGCUGAGGACAGGCCACAGGACACCCCCCGGGAGGCCCCAGAUGGCCCCCCGCAGAGCGCGGCCCAGCACGAGAUCCGCGAGUGUGGUGUGUCCGUGCGGACGCUGCGCAGCCAUUUCGAGCUGGCCCCGGCCCCCCGCCCACCCUGCACCUCGAGUCCAGGGCCUGGGCAGUGCCCGAGAGGCUGCUGGGUGGCGUCUGGGGGCGGCCCCAUGGGUGGGGAGCCCAGGCUGGGCAAUGCAGAGGCGGCCGGCGACUCGGGCACUGGCCGCCUGGACCCGGGCAGCCUGCGCAAGGAGCGCAUCAUCACCCUCUUCCUCAGCCACUGGAAGCGGUCGGCCUACACACCGGCCCUCAAGACUGUGAUCGGCAGGACCCUGGAAGCCCGCCAGGCCAGGCUGCGGGGCCAGGAGGCAGCCAGGGGUCCGUGGCCACCCUCCCCGCCGCCCCGUGGGGGCCCCCGGCUGUGGCAGCAGCGCAGCGCCAUUGCCCACCUGCUGGGCAGCUGGAAGGCCAUCAUGGCACACGUGCCGGCCCGGCAGCUGCGGCGGCUCAGCCGACGGCCCCAUGGCCCGCUGUCCCCGGAGCAGUUCCUGCCCCACGUGGACGGGGCUCCCGUGCCCUAUGGCUGCCUCACCCUGGACCUCUUCAUGCUGGGCUACUUCCAGCUGCUGGAGUGCGAGCUGCCCCCCGAGGAGCGCAGGACGCGCCACCUGCUGUGCUUUGAGGUCUUUGAGCACCUGGGUGCCCACGGCUGGGAGGCCGUGCGUGCCUUCCACAAGGCCGUGACCGACGAGGUGGCCGCUGGCCGCCGCACCUGGGCCGACGGCUUCGACGACAUCAAAGCCCGCUUCUUCGGCUCCAGCCGGGGUCCGGGCUGGGACACAGAGCCCGGCCGUGAGACGGGCCUGGCCCCGCUCGGGCUGCUGUCCCCAGCCACCGCCGCCACCCCCUGCAGUGACCCCGAGCCCACGGCCCAGCAGCUGGGGCCCAGCCCCCAGUGGGGCAGCUUCAACAGCGAGGACAUCUGUGGCUUCAUCGACCGCAGCUUCGCCUUCUGGAAGGAGAAAGAAGCUGAGAUGUUCAACUUUGGGGAGUGAGGCCGGGCUGGCCUCUGGGAUGGGGUUUGGGGGGUGAUUUAGGUUUUCUCUCCUCCUUUCCUUUUCCUUGCCACCCUGGUGGGCAGGUGAGCCCUGGGCAAGGCUGCCAGACGCGCCGUGGACUUGGCACCACCCUCCGGUCCUACAGCGACAACCGAUGUGCUCCUUUUCCAAGCUGGGACCCACAGUUUUGAAUCUUUCUCGCCACUAAGUCCCAAGAAGCCCCUCCGGCACCCAGAGCUGGCCCUGAAGCUGCUGUGCCCUGCGGUCGCCUCGGGCUUCCGGCUUUAGCUCCUGGGAUGCUGGUGGUGUUGCCAUGUGUGACGCCUUCCGGUGCCCCGGGCGCCCGAGCAUCCUGUUCCUGGUGGCCCUGGCCCUGCUGGACCCUCGGUGGCCAUCGACCUGAGCCUCGGGGCAGCGGCCCUGGGCCAGGCCUCUCUCUGUUCUGUCUGGUGACUUUGGGGGAGUCCCUUUACCUCCUGAGGGGUCUGUGAAAUGGGGAGCAGCUGGGGGGUUGGAGAGAAUAGGAUUCACUGGGUAAAGACGCCUUCCUUUCAGACGCAGCCACCCUCCGGAAUUCUCCGGAUGCACAUGCCAGCCACGGGCAGUUACCCACUGACUGGCAUGUCGCCCUAGGCCCCCAGGGAGGCCCCAGUGUGGCUCCUGCCCACCCAGCAGGCCCCAGAGCACAUCCACAGGAGAGGGGCUGGUGGAAACGGGGGCUGCCAAGCAGAGUGGGCCGGCACCCUGCUCCCAAGGGGGCUGUGAGGAGAGGAGGGCACAUGGCAGGUGGGGACUUCACGUGGGUUUCCAGAUGUGGGCUGCUGGGUGGGGUCUGAGAAGGAGUGGAGGGAAAAAGAUGGAGUCGGCUUCGGGGACCCCCAGGCUGCAGAGUAUCCUGUGAGUGGGGUGGCUUAGGGAGCUCCGAGUGGCCCGUCCCCAGCUCUGAGGCCCCUUGGCCUGCUGGGCAGUCCCCAUGACAGCCAGGAGGAUGGGCCAUGCCCCCCAAGAGGCCUGAGGAGGGGGCAGGGCCCAAAGGGGACUUUGGAAGAGGGGCUUCUGCAACUGUGAGAAGGGCCCAGCAGGCCGAUACGGUGAGGGGUUUCAGGAACCUCCCUCAGCCAGGUCCACUUAGGGCCAAGGCGGGCGUGAUGGGGACAAACGUGCGCCAUUCAGGCCUGGCGAGUGUCCUGCAGGGGCCCUGCCAUACCCAUCAGGCAGCGGCCAGGCAGAGCAUGGAGGGCUGCAGGCUGCUGGUCAGAAGGGGCUGGAAUGGAGACCCCCACUCCCCCGGGGCACAGAAGAGACACUUGGGGACAUAGGAGGUUGGGGAGUGUGAAUAUUAGGUGGCAGCGCUGCCAGGGCCAGCGGGAGGUGGCACUGGGCUGGCCCCGGGCUGACAGCAGUCCACGGCUAUCGCCCAGGGCCUGCUCUGGGAGGCUGGUCUAGAGGCUCGGGCCCUACUGGCUCCCUCCACCGCGGCAGGGCCUCAAGGUAGAGCUGAAACUGGACACGAGUUUGUUAAAUAAAGACCCUGCUUUUGGCUGA